AGCAUGUCAUACCUGGCAAAUGUUGUUGAAGUCGGUGGUCAGGGAGGAGGUCCCUUCGAUUUUAAUGGCACUGAAAAUGGAAGCAUGCUGAAAACGAUCCAGGUUUGGGAAGGUACCUACACAUUAAGAGCCGUGAAGGUGUGGUUUACUGAUGGCCGGUCUGAGCAGUUUGGUAAGCCUGAUGGGAUUCUGAAAGAGUUUACAUUUGAAGAUGGAGAGCAUUUCACCUCCCUUUCACUUUGGCCAAUUAAAAAUGGUUCACGUCUGGGUGCAAUCAAAUUCAAGACAAAUCACUCCCGAGAGUUCUAUGCAAGCUUGGAAACUAAAAGUCUAAAACCAGAAGUUCCAGUUGAUGUUGCUUCUGGGAUCUGCUUGGGGAUCAAAGGACAUUCAGGGUGGGACAUUGAUCGCUUAGGCUUCAUGUUCAUCAACACCAUCAAGUCUGCUAAGCUUAGCAAUGUUGUGUAUCCCACCAUUCAUGAUGUGAAUCCCAAAGUGGCUGUUGGAGAAAUCAAAUCCAUGUCCUACCAGAACAACACUUCUGUAACUCAAGAAUUUACAAUUGAGACCUCCAAAAAAAUCACCCAAGUAUCCUCCUGGUCUGUUACGGGAAAAAUUGAAUUCACAGUCAGCCUAGAAAUAAAUGCAGGAAUUCCAUGUCUUGCAGGAAAGAAAUUAGGAUUUGGACUAACUCUUGGUGUUGAAGAUACAUAUGCUUCAGAGACCAGUACAGAGAAAAUGGAGCUCUUCUCAUUUCCUGUUAAAGUUCCUCCAGGUAAAACCAUGGAUGUGGACAUCACACUUGGCCAGGCUACAGUUGAUCUCCCAUUCACUGGCAUCAUGAAGAUUACCUGCUAUAAUGGCGGUGUGCUGGAGUAUAAAACCAGUGGAACCUACAAGGGUGUCGCUUACUCUGAUGGAAACGUGGUUGUGAAUGAAUCAAACAAAUAGCUUGAUGCAGCCUAACAAGCUUU